AGACAUAAAAACUUCGCGCUCAGGCUGCCUGCCGCACUCUCGGGCUUGGAGGGCUUUCGGCGCCGACGGUGUGGGCUGCCAGCGACGGGACCGGCUGGAGAGGCGAGGGAGCCCGCCUGCAGCCCAGCUAUUUAAGGGUCCCUAGGAAGCGCUCACGAUGGGAGUCCACCCCGAAGCCGGCAAAUCCCCAGUCGACGUUCCAAAAAGAUCUGGCACUUGCUCUCGGAGUAUCUUCUGCAACAUCAAGGUGUUUGUGCUGUGCCAUGGCCUUCUCCAGCUCUCCCAGCUCCUCUACAGUGCCAACUUCAAGAGCAGCCUCACCACCAUUGAGAAGCGCUUUGGGCUCUCCAGUCUCUCUUCAGGUUUUAUCUCCAGCUUGCAUGAGAUUGGCAACGUGGUCCUCAUCAUCUUUGUCAGCUACUUCGGCAGCCGCGUUCACCGCCCGCGGGUGAUCGGUGUGGGCGGGCUGCUGCUGGCGCUGGGAGCGUUCCUGGUUACCCUGCCCCACUUCCUCUCCGACCCCUACGAAUACACCGUGCUGAGCACCGGUAACAAAAGCCAGGUUCAGGUUGAACUCUGCUAUGCAGAGAAUAAGUUUAUGUGCCCAAACACCACCCAGGACCCCCAGAAGGAGGCCAGCAGCAUAUGGGCCAUGAUGGUCAUCGCCCAGCUGCUUGCUGGAAUCGGGACGGUUCCCAUCCAGCCCUUUGGGAUAUCCUAUGUGGAUGACUUUGCAGAAGUGAACAAUUCCCCACUGUAUGUUGCCAUCCUCUUUGCCAUCGCGGUGUUUGGCCCUGCUUUUGGAUACCUGCUGGGAUCUGUGGUGUUGAGGCUCUUUGUGGAUAUAGGAAGAGUUGACACUGCUACAGUGGCCUUGACACCAAAGGACCAGCAGUGGAUUGGAGCCUGGUGGCUGGGACUGCUGAUCUCCUCAGGCUGCUUGGUGCUCACAUCCAUUCCUUAUUUCUUUUUCCCUCGUUACCUGCUGAAAGGAGAGGAUCCAAACAUGGAGGCUGGCAUGCUCAGGAAGAUGGAGAAGGAGAUGGCUGAAGAAAUCUCACUGAUGGAGUUCAUAAAAAGAUUCCCAAAGAUCUUCCUCAGGCUGCUCCUCAACCCCCUCUUCAUCCUCCUGGUUCUGGCUCAGUGCAGCUUCUCCUCAGUCAUUGCAGGCCUGGCCACCUUCCUUAACAAGUUCCUGGAGAAGCAGUAUGGAGCCUCCUCCUCCUAUGCCAACUUUCUCAUAGGAGCUGUGAACCUGCCAGCAGCAGCACUGGGGAUGCUUUUAGGAGGAAUCAUCAUGAAACGUUUUGCCUUCUCCCUCCGGGCCAUCCCCCGCUUUGCUGUGGUGGUGCUCGUUUUCUCCAUCCUUAUCUGCCUGCCCAUUUUCUUCAUGGGCUGCUCCACAGGGCACAUCAAUGGGAUCUACCCUCCCAGCACAUUGAGUUCCCAGCAGCAGGUUAGGACGCCGAGUGGGUGCCACUGCUCUGAGCACAUCUUUCACCCAGUGUGCGGAGAAAACAACGUGGAGUACAUCUCCCCCUGCUUCGCUGGCUGCACAAACAGCACUGCUAACUCCUCCACUCCCAAACAAGUGAUCUACAAGAACUGUUCCCUGAUUUCUGCUGGGAACAGGCUGUCCUCUGCCAAGACAGGCUCCUGUCCGCUCAGCUGCUCCCACAUGCUCCUUCCUGCCAUAUUCCUCAUCUCCUUUGCUGCCCUGGUAGCCUGUCUGUGCCACAACCCCCUCUACAUGAUGGUUUUACGGGUGGUGAACCAGGACGAGAAGUCAUUUGCCAUCGGCGUUCAGUUCUUGCUAAUGAGGCUGCUGGCAUGGCUGCCGGCCCCGGCCAUGUUUGGUGCCCUCAUCGACUCCUCCUGCAUCUACUGGCAGAAGCAGUGCACCCAGCGCCGCUUCUGCGCCUACUACAACAACGACUUCCUGCGCAACAGAUACCUGGGCCUGCAGGUGGGCUACAAGGUGGUGGGCACCAUCCUCCUCGUCGUCAUCGGCUGGAAGGUGAAGAGGAGCAAGGAGUACAACGUGCAGGAGAAGGCAGCAGGGCUGGUGUAGCCCACUUGAGAACUGACUCCACAGCUCCCAUUAACACUGCCAGUACUUUGUCUUUUUUGGAUUUAUUUUUCCUCCUAAGGGAGCAACUUCACCUUAGCAGCUCUGAGCUCCUCUCCUGCAGCCCACAACACUGCCACUGUCCUGGCAAGAGAUGCUCCACACCAGCCCCAGCCUGAGACUGGAUCCUCCCAGGAUAGGAUGCACUUUGCCCCUAACUUUGGGGAGGGGUCAGCCCCCCACACCACCUGGGCCAGGAAGCAGAGGGGUGCUGGAGCACAGCACCAUCCAAUGUACCCAGAGAAGUGUCUUUGUGGGCCCAGGUCCUCCCUCCAGUGUGAUGUUUUCAGUCAUAUAAUGCUCUAUCAGCUGGGACAGGAGCACUGCAGCUGGCUGACAACCCUGUGGGGCUGUCCCAUGCUCCCCCUUGCCUGCACCCCUCACAGAGGUCACCAUGGACAACACACGU